ACCUCGAUGGGGGGGGCGAGGUGGGGGGUAAAAGGGGUGAUCCCGAGCUCCCAGCGGCACCGUGUUGCACUGUCUGGCUGCCCUGGUGGCUGGAAGCUCAGAUAAGCUUCCAGCCCCGGCCCUUUCCGGACUGCGCGGCCCGUCCCCGUCCCCCCUUCCCGGCCGGAUGGUUGCACCCGGGUGAGGCCGGACUGGAGGAGCAGGUGCCAGCUGAAGAUGGCGUUUCCUGGGCAGCCGGCGCCCGGCGGCGGUUUCUACCAGGGCGGGUAUGGAGGAGCUCCAGGAGGACCAGCAUUCCCUGGACAAGCUCAGGAUCCUUUGUAUGGUUAUUUUGCUGUAGUAGCAGGGCAGGAUGGACAAAUAGAUGCUGAUGAGCUACAGAGAUGUCUCACCCAGUCAGGGAUUGCAGGAGCGUAUAAACCUUUCAACUUAGAGACUUGCAGACUCAUGAUCUCAAUGCUGGAUAGGGAUAUGUCCGGCACACUGGGAUUUAAUGAGUUCAAAGAACUCUGGGCUGUGGUCAAUGGCUGGAAACAGCACUUCGUAAGUUUUGACAACGAUAGAAGUGGUACAGUGGAUCGUCAAGAACUGGAGAAAGCCUUGAUGAAUAUGGGAUUUAGACUGAGCCCACAGGCAGUGACUGCAAUCACAAGGCGAUACAGCACUCGUGGAAAGAUUACAUUUGAUGAUUACAUUGCCUGCUGUGUGAAACUCAGAGCUCUCACUGAAUGUUUUAGAAGAAGGGAUACAUCUCAGCAGGGUUUUGUGAACUUCCAGUAUGAUGAUUUCAUACAGUGUGUCAUGAGCAUCUAACUCAGAAGGAAGCAAGCCGUGGAUGAUCACGAUUAACAUUCCAGUUUGUGUUGUGCUUUGCCAAAUCUUCCGAUGAUUGUGUAUCUCAAUAUUGGAAAUUGCCUGUUUUAUGAAGGUAUCACUUUACACACUUGCAUUUUUUUAGUUUUGACAAUGAAUAUACGCUACUGAUGUACUGUCAUCUUUAACUUUUAACUUGUGACUAUUAAAGAUGUUUUCAUUUUCAUAAACUUGCAAUUCACUAUGUAUAACUCAAAUUAUGCAGAUAGUAAGUUUUUAUGUAAUAUGUUUACUUUUUUCCUGUGAUUCACUAAAAUCAGUUCCUGGAGCACAACUUACUUUUUCUGUCUUAAACAGUAUCAUGUGUAUGACAUGACACGUAUUCUUUUGUCUUUGACAGCAUAAGACAGAUGUACAAACUGAAAGAGCUUUUGGAAUGGUCAUUUUACGCUAGUCUGUUAAAACAUCACUAAGUUUAAGCUGCUUAUUUUGACAGCCUGUGACACCACGCACUGAGUGCAAGACUACCUGUUAGAACUUCUCAUAAGCAGGGAUGCGACAAAACAUAGCAGAGACGUCUUCUAGCAGCAUGCUCUUGUACAGGGGGCUUUUGUUCCAGUAAGAUUCUUGCUCUGCUUGUGUCACUAUAUAAAACACUUUUAAACAUACAAAAACUAUGCUGUGUCAGUUUAUACACUAACUUACCCUUUAACAACGAACUUCUAAGCUGUUAGACUUCAGUUACAUGUAAAUUAACAUUUCUGUCUCCUCCAUUUUAAACCCAAACAAGUAGCCUUCCUGCCCCUAUGUGCCCACCAAUGUGCAAGGGCCAAACCCCACUUCAGAAAAUUCUUGCCAGAUUACUAUUUCAGAUCACAGCAGUAAUUACCAAUGCUGUAGAAUUUACAUGAAAGCAGAUACAGACAGGUGCAAGACUUUGUUUUCCUGAGAUUUCUCAAGGAAAAAAAGGUUUGAUUGGUAAUGGAAAUAAUACCAGAAAAGGGUUUGGGGUUUUUUUUUGGUUUUGUUUGGUGGGGUUUUUUGGUUGGUGUGUGGUUUUGGUUUUUUUUUUUUUAGGGGAAGAUUGGCAUUGUAUGGGAAGAGGGAGCAGCAUAACUGUAUGGAGGUAGUUCAGACUUUCUUUCCAGUGAAAUAAGUUAACGGAACUUUUUUUAAUUUUGGUCACUUCUGCCUACCACAGAGGAAUGAUAGAUGUUCUUUUGCUAGCCUUGUAAAUGCAAAGAAUGCCAGAAGAAUGUUAAAAGGAGUAUAUUUCUUAUAUUAGUGGUUUAGAGCGCUUCUGGAGGAGUCUUUGCACUAAGGAAUGAAAGCAAAACUAUGCAUGCGUGUGCAUAUAUAGAUACAUAUGUGUGUAUGUCACUGGACAAACAACAGAAAUAAUCCUUGGAGCAGAAAUCUUGCUUGAAUACUGUUUUAUACCCUAGCUUGCUAAGAGUACUGUAAAAUCCAGGUCUCUAGUUUCUGGGCUAUAAAUUCAAAGUUGGCUAGUCUGACCUAAAGAAGCAACUAGUACUUCCUAUUUAAAUUCAGAAUCCUUUGGCUAUUGCUUCUAGAUUCAUUUCAGAAGCUAGUUCUCUUUCUGCCCUCAAAACUGAAUUUUAAAGGAAUAGACAUGAUUAUACUUCCACAUUCUGGUAAUUGUAUGCUGUCAUGCCAAUUGUCACUGACAUGGAAUGCUACAGAAAGCAUUUCUAACAAAAUGACCAAAGUCCAUAAAGGUUUGUCUGACUGAAGUAGCCAGCAGUAGUUCAGAACUCCGACAGCUGACAAAGUUAGUAAACUGAGUGUGAAACAAAGGCUGUUCUUCCUGUAGGGUUUUGAUUAGACCAUUUUGCAAAAAUACAUCAUCUUUACACUGUUAAUUUCACCCUAAAAACUAUGAGACAUCUUUACCAAAAAGCUCAUUACCCACACAGCAUUUCUCUCCUACUUUUGCUUAAUUGUGUUUCUGGUCUUGUACUGGAUUUGGCUGGGCUGGAAUUCAUUUUCUUUAUAGCAGCCCAUAGGGUGCUGUGCUUUAGCUUUGUCACUAAACUGGCGUUGGUGACACACUGGUGUUUCAGCUGCUGCUGAGCAGUGCCUGCACAGCAUCAAGGUCUUCUCCAUUUCUCACUGUGACCCCAGUGAGUAGGCUGAGGGUGGGCUAGGGGCUAGGAGGGAAGGUGGUGGGGACAGCUGACCCAGAUGGGAUAUGCCAUGCCAUGUAGCGGCACGCUCAGCAAUAAACCUGGGCAGGGGUGGGCAGGUCUCUCCAAAGUAGCUGUUGCUUGGGGACUGGUUGGGCACUGGUCUGCUGCUGGGAGGUGGUGAGGGAGUGCCUUUGCGUGGCUUUCCCCCCACCACUUUUCCCCCGUCGCCCUCACUUAUUAAGCUGUUUUGCCUUGGUCUGCAAAUUUUUUUGCUUUUGCUCUUCCAAUUCUUCACCCACCACAGGCCUGAAACUGCUACUGAAAGAAAACAUCAGGCAAUAAUGAAUAUAACAUUCUUGUAGAUAACUGUAACUUACAAAAUGAUCUCAGACUCCGUGGAAGUUCCAUACUCCUAUACAGGUAUGAAGUUAUACAAUAAAUCAUGAGAAUUAAUUGAUGAAAUAAUAUGUGGGAGUAAAAUUGUGCCUAUAAAUAAAAGCUUGGCUUGAAAAAGUG